AUGGUUUUGGCUGAAUUGGGUGGCCAGAUCUCCCAGGCGUUCCGCAAGCUGCACGCUCGGACGGUCAUCACCGAUGAGGUGAUUGACGAAGUGAUAGGCGACAUCGUUAGAGCCCUUCUCAGCGCCGAUGUGAACGUGAAGCUCGUUCGGAAGCUCAGGGAAAAUGUGAAGCUGCAGGCACGCCUCCACGCUGAUGCGUUGGGGGCCAACAAACGCAAAUUUAUCCAGAAGGCGGUGAUUGAGGAGUUCAUUUCCAUGCUCUCCAGCGACCGCGAGCCGUACACGCCGAAGAAGGGUCAACCUAAUGUUAUCAUGUUCGUCGGCCUGCAGGGUGCGGGUAAAACGACAACCUGCACCAAGUUUGCGUACCACUACCAGCGCAAGGGGUGGCGCACUGCGCUGAUUUGCGCGGACACAUUCCGUGCCGGUGCCUUUGACCAGCUGAAGCAGAAUGCGGCCAAGGUGAAAAUUCCCUUUUUCGGUAGCUACAGCGAGGCCAAUGCCGUCAGGGUUGCUGCUGAAGGUGUGGCCAAGUUCAAGGAGGAGAAGUACGACAUCAUCAUCGUCGAUACCUCCGGUCGUCACAAGCAGGAGGAGUCGCUGUUCGAGGAAAUGCGCCUCAUUCACCAGGCGGUGAAACCCGACGACGUCAUUUUCGUCAUGGACAGCCAUAUCGGUCAGGCCUGUUACGACCAGGCCGCCGCUUUCAACAAGGCGGUGGACGUCGGUAGUGUGAUCAUCACCAAGCUCGACGGGCACGCCCGUGGCGGUGGCGCCCUGGCGGCUGUAGCCGCCACCGACUCCCCAAUCAUUUUCAUCGGUCAUGGCGAACACUUCGACGCGUUCGAGAAGUUCGACGCGAAGUCGUUCGUAUCGCGUAUUUUGGGGAUGGGCGACAUCAACGGUUUGAUAAACACGAUCCAGGAGGUUGUGAACUUGGAAGACAACAAGGAAAUGGUCGGCCGCAUCACUGCCGGGAAGUUCUCCAUUCGUGACAUGUACGACCAGUUCCAGAACCUGCUGAAGAUGGGCCCGCUGAGCCAGGUGAUGUCGAUGUUCCCCGGCAUAGCCCCGGGCCUAAUAGACCCAGGAAACGAGCAGCAGGGCGUGAACAGGGUAAAACGCUUCCUGUACAUCAUGGACUCCAUGACCGCCGAGGAGCUAGAUUGCGAAAAACCGCUGACCGAGUCCCGCAUAGCUAGGAUUGCCCGUGGCUCAGGGUGCUCACCGUUCGAGAUAAACGUGCUCCUCGACAACCACAAGAUGCUGCAAAAAAUGGUAGGCAACAUGGGCAAGGCCGGCUUGAACAAGGAGAGCGCCGUCCAGAGCAUGAUGCGCAACCCGCAGCAGAUGAUGAGUCGUCUGCAGCACAUGAUCGACCCGAAGCUGCUGCAGCGCAUGGGCGGCGCAGGUAACCUGUUUAAGUUCAUGAAGGAGCUGUCGCAGAACGAGAACAUGGCCGGCAUGAUGAAGCAGAUGGGCGCGGCUGGGAAACGCUAG